CAACCGAAAGCUGAAAUUGAGACCGAACUAAAUCAAUUAAAAUGUCAAAAGCGGCGGGUAAAUUAAAAUCUCUGAAGAAGACAGUGGAGCGCGUGACGCAUACGACGAAACUAAGAACAAAUAUUCCCGCCGGCAUGGCAGCAGCGGGCCCACCGUUGGGUCCCAUGCUAGGCCAGCGUGCCAUCAAUAUAGCCGCCUUUUGUAAAGACUUCAAUGCGAAAACAGCGGAAAUGAAGGAGGGCGUACCCCUGCCAUGCCGGAUCUCAAUGAACAGCGAUCGCAGCUACGACUUGGUCAUACAUCAUCCACCUGCAACAUUUUUUCUUAAGCAAGCCGCGGGCAUCCAGCGGGGCACAAUGACACCGGGUCAUGAGGUGGCCGGCAUGAUUACCCUAAAGCAUUUGUAUGAAAUUGCGGCAAUCAAGAUACAAGAUCCGCCUAAUGCGUUGCUUACCAUGCAGCAAAUGUGUGAAAUGCUCAUUAGCAUUGCACGGACAUGCGGCAUCAAAGUGGUGCGCGAUCUGGAUCCCACGGAAUAUGCCCAAUUUCUGGAGGAGCGCAAAGUUAUUGUCGAGGACCAGCGACGCGAGCUGCAGGAAAAACGCGAGGCUAAGAUGCUGCGAACGGGCUAAAUAUACUAUAUAAAAACAUUUUUAUAUUGUUAAAAUACAUUUAUAACUAAGAAAUCUAUUCUAUGCUAA